AUGCAAUCCCUCAUGAAGUUCCCCAACGAACUUCUCCUGCAAGUGUCCUCGGACCUGACCGCGCGCGACCUCAAUGCCCUUUUGCGCACCAACAAAUUCUUCGCCCGCCUGCUCACAACGCCGCUGCGCACCCUUGCCACCCAGGACGUCUACGGCACCCCCGCCCUCGUCUGGGCCGCUGACCGCGGUCACUACCCACUCAUUGCCUACCUUCUCACCACGCCCACCGUGUGCGUCAAUGCCGCGGACCCGCUCGGUGUCACAGCGCUCCACAAGGCGUCCAUAAACGGCGACGCCGCUGUUGUCCGCCUGCUACUUGAGAAUGGAGCGGAUGUCCACGCGACAGAGGCAAAGAUGGGCGCCACACCGCUACACUGGGCCGCGCUCUACGCACGAAGAGAGAUCGUGCAGGUGCUUGUUGCGGCCGGCGCAGACGUCAACCGGGUCAGCGGCGUGUCAGCGCGCACCCCCCUACAGACUGCGUGUGUGGCGCGCCAUGGGCUCGAGAGGCGCUGGACGCAGCUUCGCGGCGUGAGCGAGUGCAUGGACAUAACAGAGCUGCAGGAGCUACAGGAGCUGGCAGAGACGGCGGUGGUCGAGGUUGUGAAGGCGCUGCUGGCGCACGGGGCGCACACGUGGGUGCGCGACAACACGGGCAAGACGGUGCUACACCUCGCGGUCAGGCAGGUGGGCAGGUGGGGGCCCCAUGGGAGCACGCUCCCCCAGGUGCUUGUCGAGGCGGGCGCAGAGAUGGGCGUGCUGGACCACCUGGGGUGGACGGAGCUGCAGACGGCGGCGCUGUACGGGUGCGUGGGCGUUGUGCGGAUGCUGUUGGAGAAGGGCGCGAAGAUUGAUGAUGCGAACCCGGCGACGGCGCUGCACGUGGCGGUGCACUAUGGGAAGGUUGAGGUUGUGAAGCUGCUGCUGGAGAAGGGCGCGGACGUGGAUGUGCGGGACAGGAAGGGUAAGACGCCACUGCAUGAAGCGGUUUUGGGCGCGCCGCCGGAGCUCAGGAGACUGUUGUCGAAGAGCAGGGUGGAUGUUAUUCAGAAGGCCAAGGAGGAGAUGGGGAAGACGGCGCUGCAUUAUGCGGCGAGCGUGAGGGAUGCGGUCACGGUGGGCAUGCUGCUGGGGAACGAGGUUGAGCCGGCGGACGUCACGGUGAAGGAUGAGAAGGGCCGUACGCCGAGGCAGUAUGCGGAGGAGAAUGGGUGGAUGGGCGUGGUAGAGGUGUUGAGGUGCCGGGAGGAGGAGUUGGGCGUUGGUGGUGUUGAUGAGGGUGUUAUAGUUGAAGGCGGGGAGAGCAGUACUAUCAGUAGCAGUAGCAGCAGCAGCAGCAGUAGUAGCAGCGGUAGUAGUGACGAGGGAAAUGAUAGCUAG